GUAGCUUGAUGUUCAGCAAUGCCACCUCCUGAUGAUGGCUAGCAGCAGCAAGACGGCUGCUUACUUGCUACUAGUGGCAGUGGUGGGCGUCUGUGCCGAUCAAACAGAAAGCGAUGUAAGGACAGCUACCGAGGCUCCGUGUCCUCAAUGUUUCCAUCGUUCACAGCCUCCAGUGUCUUUAAUGCCUGCUGAUAUGCACGCGUUGCGAUUAACUGCUAUCAAAACACAGUUACUAAAUAAGCUAAGACUGCAGCACAGGCCGAAUGUUUCGCUGGACGUUCCCAGGCAGGUGCUGCUGGAAACGCUCCAGCGGUCUGGAGACCAGCCUGUUACUAACCAAUUGAGUAGUGAAAACCUGCAAGAUGAAGAUGAUGUCUUGCCCGUUACUUCUGAAAUAAUUACCUUCGCCUCCCCGGGCGCUCUGUUCAACAACCACACGCUGCUGGAGUUCACGCAAAGCGAGGUGGACAUGGACGCUCUGGAGGUGACAGAAGCAAUCCUAUGGGUGUUCGUGAGGAGCCUUCACGGUCGCCACGGUGCGCACCACCACGGGCGCCACCUCGAACGGCACCAUCAGCACCCCAGCGUGAAUGGUGCUCGGACGUAUCUCUGGGUCUUUAGAGUGCCCCCUGACCCACCCAGUGCAGUGCGCAACCCUAACCACAUGGUCGGCUCGCAGCUCAUCUCCCUGUCGGAGCCUGGCUGGCAGCGCAUCAACAUCACUAGUGCCGCCAGCCACUGGUUCGCUCAGCCUGGCGAGCCACUGAGACUUCUGGUCGACUGCAGCAGCUGCAGCGGCCACAUCGAAGCAGUACUAUUCAAUAAUUAUAAAUUUAAAGGAGCAAACAAGCCCGACUCAAGAGGACUAGAUGCCGCUUACAGGCCAGUUCUUGUUAUCAAAACGAAGCCGUCUCCGACGAGACGUCUAGCUCGUCGUGCAUUGCAAUGCGAAAGGAACACUGAGCAUUGUUGUAAAGAAGAAUUUUAUGUGUCUUUUAGUGAAUUAAAUUGGGAUGAUUGGAUACUGGCUCCUAAGGGGUACCAUGCCAAUUUUUGUCGUGGGUCUUGUGAUAGCAUGUAUCAGACUGCGGACAGCUUGCACACCGCGUACGCACAUGUCAUGGAAGAGGCGCGGCGUGUCCGGGAGCCAGGCGCAAUUUCUCAAUGUUGCGCGCCGACACGCUUCUCUCCCAUGACUCUCAUAUACAUCGACGAGAAUAAGAGUAUCAUUAAAAGGGAUGUGCCGCGCAUGGUUGUAGAAGAGUGUGGGUGCGCAUAGGCUGUGACCUCGUAUAUAUAGAAGACCUGUCGAAUUAGUCCAAUCUGUGAUCAUAUCUUUAAGUUAUUCAUAGAUGCUUCUGCGUUGUUAAAUAGAAUUCCAGUACAAAUUAUUCAUGUCUUUUCUAUUCACCUCUGGUGACGUUGCUACUUUGAUUAAUUGGAAAUUCGGUUCCACGAAAUUUUAAGUUUUUAUUACAGCCAAAUUUAUUUCAAAAAUUUUCCGAAUUUCGGGAGUAAAUGUCAUUCAAUUUUGCAGACGAUGAGAUCGGUGACUAUAAAACUUAAGGAUAUUGUGCCGUUAUCUUCUCAAAUUGAAUUCCUAACGAUUUACUGGAAUUGAUUCAUCAAGCCAAAGAUUAGGUCUUCUAUUAAAUAUAUUGAAGUGAAGAAAGUUCAUGAGAUUGUAUUCAGUUGCAUGUUGGCCCAGAUCUCGAAUAAUGCCCUAAACGAAACUCAGAAUCUUAUUUAACGCAGUCAAGUAACGCGUUUUGGCAUCAGCCAUUUCAUUAGAAAUUGCUGUGCAAACCCUAAUACGCCCUACCUAAUUUUAUGCGACUGCUCUAGGCUUAUGUCCUGAAAAUAAAAAGUGAUUUGUGCAGGCAAAUUGGUAACGAGUGGUGUUAACUGAAUUGGUUUAUAAGUAUGCUUGCAGUAAUAACCUACUUCAGCGCUAUUAUUAGUUUCUAACUCGUGCUUGCUUCAUGCAAACUUGAAACGUUCCUGUCUGUUUUGAUUGACUGAUUUUGAAGAAAAUCUUUGAUGAUAAACAUUAAUCAUGUUUACUACUGCCAAUUCCUUCAGAAUUCUACAUAUUAUUCAUCCGUUUCCAGGAUAUGACUUUGUAGACUUUCUUUUCUAAAAAUAUGAGUUAGUUAUUUUAAUUUCAUGGUGUUUUUUGGCUUUACCAGAAUUUUUUUCGCAUUUUGAGUGUGCAUUCUGUGCGGACAUGUAAAUUUUAAGCCAAUUAUAUCAUAGAUCAUUUGAUCAACUACGCCUUUAUUUUGACUUUAAUUAGAUUGAAACGGGUGAUU